AUGGGUCUGCAAGAAAUCAAUUCGUCAUCCCAAAAAAGACCUCUUUUAAAUCUUACUAGUACUGUCAUCAUGGUAAUCUAGGAUAGCACACAAGCCACUUCAGAACUCUAAACACAGAAAAUCUAAUAGAAAUUUAGACAUAAUUUCAUUUUCCACUAUACGAUUGGUAUCGGUGGAUUUGGAAAUGUGUGGAAGGUUGAAUCCAAAAAAACAAGAAUGAUCUAUGCAAUGAAAGAACUCAAAAAAACAAAAAUUUUAGCCAAAAAAUCCGUAAAGUCUGUUAUGAAUGAAAAGUAACUGUUAUAAAAAUUGAAGAAUCCUUUUAUUAUCAAUAUGGUAGGAUCCUUUUAAGACAAAGAUCAUUUGUAUCUAAUCCUCGAUUAUCUAUCAGGAGGCGAUCUUCGAUACCAUUUAUUGCUCAACAAAACAUUUAGAGAAGAAUAAAUUAAAUUUUUUGUGGCUUGCAUGAUUCUUGGAUUAGAAUACACAAACUCCUAUUAAGUUAUUCAUAGAGAUCUGAAACCUGAAAAUUUAGUACUGGAUUGUAAAGGAUAUUUGAAAAUAACAGAUUUUGGAAUAGCUAGAUAUUAUAAAAAUGAUAAUAGUAAUGAAACUAGUGGUACACCUGGAUAUAUGGCACCUGAAAUAAUUCUAAAAUAAAAUUACAAUUAUUGUGUUGACUAUUAUGCAAUAGGUGUAAUUUGUUAUGAAAUGAUAACUGGUAAAAGACCAUAUCUUGGUCGAACGAAAAAAGAAAUACGUGAUGAAAUGUUAGGAAAAUAAGCAUAAUUAAAUGCGAAAGAGUAUUUAUAAUAUUCAUUCAAUCUUAUUGAAUUUACAAAUAAAUUGCUUUUGAGAAAAUAACAAAAUCGAUUGGGCUUACUAGAAUGGGAUCAAGGAACUAAAGAAUCACAAACUAUUUUAGUCAUUUCAAUGGGAUAAAUUAGUGAAUAAAACAAUGAUUGCUCCAUAUCAACCUAAAUAAGAAGAUAAGACUAGGGCUUGUUAAAAAACCAGUGA